UCUGCCCCAGCACACUACACACUGGACAUCAUCACACUGAGGACCUUCUCAUCAUCCCACUCAUAUACCAGGCAGUCUGCCAGCCAAGCCUCCACUGACUCCACCACUCAGCCAGUACUAUAUACAACAAGAAGAAAAAGUAACAGAACAUAGGAUCCAGAGGAAGCGGAACAGUAGAAGGCUGGCUAGUAAACAUGAUCCUGUGGGUGGCCUUGCUGAUGGCUCACUGUAGUUUGGGUCUGAAUGGAGCUUCAGCAGAAAGCACAGGACUGGAGAGGAUAGAGAAAUGUGACACCCGAUGUUCUCAGGGCCUUCACUGCAGGAGCAAGCCAGAUAGUCUGUUUCCUCCUCCAUGUCAGCCCCCUGCUGAAGGUCUCAACACCUCCUCCGUGUUUCACAACAUCAGCCUCUCCACCGUCAUGAGGUGUGAGGGGAGACAGAAGUGCUCGUUACACCUCAGAAUCAAAACUGCGUUACAUCUUACUGAGUUCACCCAUGGUGUGUCCAUCUGCACCGUCACAGCGGGCAUGAUGGCGAACUGCCAAAUCUUCAGCUUCACGAGAGCGUCGAGAGAAAGAAUGUCUGGGCUGCAGGUGGAAGUCGAGAAUGAUUGCACCAACAUUUCCCCGAGCCAGCAAGUGCAAGUAACGCUGAAAACUGUGCCAAGCUACUGUGGCGUAACCUGGACAGGCACCUAUGAAGCUCCAGAAUGCAUCAGUAAAGAUUUGCGACAACACGUCCCAGAAUGCAUCACUGGGAGGCUAUCAUAUGAUGUAAUCCCCCAGAGGAGGGAGCUGAGAGUCAGUGUGUCAGACAUGCUAGAAAACUACAACUACCAUCUGCGUCUGUGCCGUAAGGAUUUCAUCUGCAUCGACACAGGGGUCAAUAAACUGAUAAAAAAGGAAGAACCUGUAAAGAGCACCACCCUCCCAUACUCCCGACCUUUGCCCUGCCUCUGCAUUGAGGGUUGGUCUGCUGUGAUGGAUGCCCCAAGAGUCCAGGUCUGCCCUUUCAAAGACCGUCUCGAGGAGCUGUGGUUUGGAAUUAACUUUGACCCACUGGAGGGGACACUAUCAUGGGAGCCUUCAUGUCCAGUUACGGCUGUGGUUAGGUUGUGUCAGAAAAGAGAGGACAGCGUCUGUGUGGAUCUGCCUCACGCCUCCCAGAAUGUUAGCAGAGAAAAGAUAAGAUUUACUGAAGUGGAUCCGCAUCCUCAACUGUGCAUGAAGUUCACUGCAGGCUCUCAGUCCUGGAUCCGGUGCCCCUUCACUGACACAAGAUUCCAAGCAUGGGAGGUGAUGGUGACGAGAAGACAAGGUCAGGAAAACGUGACGAUGUUGUCACAGAUCACUGCAACGUUUUCUGUGGGCCUGUGUGUGAAGUCUGAAAGGUCUACUGUGUGCCAGGUCACAGAAACACACACCAUGCAGGUGGAGAAGCAUAAAGCUGUUGGCUUAAACCUGGCAGGGGAACUAUGCAACAUUUGUCUCCAGGUCAAGAGGCUCGAUGUGAAAUUUGCUGCCACUAUUGUUCACUGUCUUGAGCAAUGCAAUCAAACAUUGCCUGUCAGACUUGUCAUCUCCAGUCGAGCCUCUUGGAUCUUGACCUGGGUCGUUGUACCAGCUGGUGUUUGCCUCUCUGGCAUCAUAAUUUUCACUCUGUUCCUCCACAUACUGUUAACUGUGUAUCAGAGGAGGAGACAGGAGGAGAGGAAAAAUGGAGGCUGUACCUCUAAAAAGCAAACAGAUCCUGCUUUUGACUGUGUGGUCCCUGCAUUGCCAACUCAACCUGUUGUCCGCGGAGGGGUCCUCAUACCUGAUUCGCCACAGUGUGGGAACAAUGAAAAGGCUAACUUGAUCUCCAACUGACCAAGGAACGGCACUCAUUAUAAGCGUUACUUGUAAUGUGCAGUAUAAAAUUAAAAAGAUGUUACUCAAACCAAAUAAGUUCUCUGUUGAAUGCAGUGUACCAUGAUGGGACAGACAUUUCAAAUGUUAUGUAUGUUACUGUGUAUGUGCUGGUUAGUAUGCUUAUGUUAUUUGCUGCUGUUGAUGUAUUCUGUGUGGUUUUGUCUGCUUAGGUGAAAGUAUAUAUUAUAAUUUGUUAAGUUAAAAUAUUAAUUCAGCUUGGAAUUAAAUGGCCAGUUCCUGUCUUUAAAUUAAUAUUUUCAAUAAAAAAUGCAAAAUAUGAAACAAAACCUUUUUUUUAAUUUUUUAUUUACCACUAAAACUAAAACUAAACUAAACUAUAAGCUAUUUUGCCUAUACCCUGUAGAAGCCUCCCUCAAGCCCCCACAGGCAACAGGUCUUCUUUGGUAUUUACAUACUGUAUAAGCCUUUCCGAGAAAUGAGAUCAUGGGAGCCCCUGCAAUGCGUAGUUUGCAGACUUGUUCAGACACUUCGUUUAUCUUAUGCAUAUUUUUUACAUUUACUCUUCUUAGAUUCACAUACACAUCUCCUGGUGUGGAGUGUGUUAACUCCCAUGUACCAAACAAAAAAACAAACAUUUUAUUUACUAAAAAGCUCAUAAAACAUCACAAGUGGCAAUGAGUACAUUACAUGGACAUGUGAAUUAUUGCUGUCAUCAAUAAAUUUAUAUUAAAAAUAUAUCAAAUGAC